AAUGAAACACAGUCAGUGUAUAAAGUGGACCAAAAACUAUAACGUUUUCCUUCCCUGUAAUCCAAAGACAAGUGCUGCUCUGGAUGUCAGUGGAUGUUUUAAAUUAUCCGCACUGACGUCAUAUUAGUGAGUGACUGCCCCGUGUUGUUCCAUCCUUAGUUUAGGUUUUGCUGCUUGACUUGGCUGGUCAUGCAUAGCAGGAUGCUGAGGACAUUGUCUGUGGCUUUGGCAAGCACUGCGGAUCCACUGCGGAGUCCAGUGAAAACUUCGAAACGUCCCACAUUCCUCAUCAGUCUCUUAAAUCCUCAGCUUGGGAGAAGAACUCGCGCUGGAUAUUUCUUCACUGAUGAGGCUUAGCAGAAGACUCUACUCUGGUGCCUGUCUCAGAUCAUGCUGGCGGUUUAUAACAGUGGUCUUGUUUUCAACACUCCUACAGAAGCUCCCUUGUAAUUCUCAUUUCAACCGGAUUCAUGCGACCUAACAGAAAGACAUAACGGACACAGGGGAACACAGUAGUAAGGCUGCAAAAAUGUUGCUGAUACCACAGAUUUCUAGCUUUGUGACAAUGACAGAAGUGAAUCUUCUGGGGAAUAUGGGCUGUGUUGCUCUCUACUGUGUCCUGUCUCUGGUCAUGCCGGCGAUCCUGCAUGCCGAGUUCACUCUGGCCAAUGUGAGUGAGCAUCACAUCACCAUCUGUACAUGCAUGCAGGACUUGGUAGCCUGUAGCAUUAUCAACUCCAGUGAGUGUGUUUGUCACAACUACCCGUUCUCCAUGCUGGAGCACAACGACAGCUACAGCACAGUGACUUACAAGCAUCUGACAGUGUGGUACACCUCGCCGCUCCACGUCGCUCGCCUGCUGAACAACUCAGAGGUCCGCCAUCUGGCACUAGUCAAGUGCGACUCAACAAAAGCUACUUCGUUAACUGUUAACUACUUUACAGUAAAGAGGCUGGAGAGGCUGUCUGUCUCAUACCCUUACUGGAUGCCUGGGCAGAACCAUGACAUUGUGCUGGGUAGAGAUGUUGGCAUGCCUUACCACGAGGAGCCAAGGAUAGCUGUUAUUCACACGGACGUGUUGGUGGGGAAAGUUGAUUUGAAAGCAUACACAGUAAAAACUAUAGUGGAUGGAACUGGCCUGACUCCAUUUGCUGACAUCAUUAUGCCUAUGGAUGAACUUCCAGAUACGUCCAGCAUAUUCGUAUCUUUCUUGUACUAAGUGUCAUUUCAAUUCAAAGUCUGGAAGUGGAAUGGAAGUGUCUUUCCCCCCUCUUUUUAUAGUUUUAUACAUUUAUAUUGUUAUACAUUUCCUGAGGAAAUACUAUCUAAUUAUACACAACAAAGGGUUAAAUCAAAGAUGCUUAAGCAUUAUUUGGAUUAUUGUAUCUGGGGGAACCCCUAAAGAAAUGAAUGUUUGUGGUUAACUUGGAAAAAAAUGGGGUCAAGUGAACUAAGAAUGAUUUAUAAUUU